AUGACCCCCUCUUGCUCCAGUUACAACUCCAGCAACACCACCUUCCACCCGUUCCCCCGCCUCCCCUGGGAACUCCGCGCCCGGAUCUGGGAAAUGUCCAUCUUGCCACGCGUCGUUGAAAUCCACGUCAGAAAUAUCGACAUUUCCAAAAGAGAACAUGUCACAUACUGGGCUUGGCCGCUGCGCUCGAAGCUCCUGUUAUCGUCCACCCCCGUCCCGGGAGCGCUCCAUGCCUGCCGAGAAGCCCGCGACCAUCUAACCCACCCUUUGACUGCGUGCGGCGCAGAUGGAAGAAACGCAUACUACGAACUGAUGUCGUACUCCGCCAUGAUGAACGUACAACAACAGUGGUCAUGGCAAGAUGCAGUCCCCGGCCCUUACGUCUGGGUGAACUUCGAAAUCGACAUGAUCAACAUAGGCUCGCAACGGUUGAGUCUUCCUCCUAUAAGUUGCGGGCGCAAGGUUAAGCGGGUCAAGUACAUAUCCCCGGGCUCUUCGGUCGGCCAGGCUUUUGACGUCGUGCUGCCAGGGGACCUGCCUCCCGUCCCCCUUCUUCUAGAAGCGGCCCGGCGGCGGCACGCUGUGCGCCUCCUCACCUUAGAUCCUGCCCACCCGCUCGUCCCGCGUCUUUCGGAACCCCGAAUGACGCCGCGUGGCCUGCCUCGCCGCCCUACAACUCUACAGACGGCUGCACAGCUCGCCUUGCCUUUCCCGCGGCCGGUUCUACAGCCGCCCGUCUAUAACGGAGACACUCACAAAGAUCCAGCGCCCACGUCUAAGGACAGGGCUGCCAAGGAUUUCAAAGAAUGGCUUCUCCAACUAGAUCCCUCGGAGAUUGUCGUUUACACCGACGGCUCUAUGAUAGCUAAGCAGAUGGGCCUCCCAGCGCACGCGGAGGACCCCGACGCCGAAGAAAGACCAGAGGGCGAGUGCGUAGGCUUUGGUUACGUAAUCUUCCAAGGACAGACAGAACUCGGCCGCGGAUGCGGUCAGUUAGAACAAGCGGAAGUUUUCGAUGCGGAGGCGGAAGGGGCGCGGCAUGGUCACAAGGCCGCUGUGGCGCUCUUACCGGAGGCACAGGCCCGGCCACGCAUUACGAUAUGCCUUGAUAACACGUCCGUCAUUAGAGGACUCCGAGAAACCCCAGCUGCGUCGUCACAAGCGGCUUUCCUCGAUUUCCGCGCAAUCCGAAAGAGCUAUGGCCCCAGUCUGGUGGACUUCCGCUGGGUUCCUGGCCACAAGGGCAUCACGGGCAACGAGAUUGCUGACGAGCUCGCGAAGGCGGGCGCCGAAGGAGGAGAGGUAGUCAAUGAAGGCUUGACUACCCUUGCGCACUCAAGGCGGCUUGCUAAGAGGGAGGCACGUACGGAUUUCAAGGCAUGGUGGGCCACGAACAAGCCAGAGUCUUACGCAGAUUACCGGCUGGGGGCUUCUAUCAAGCCUAACGACGAAUUAAAAGAGUUGGAUAGACGGUCUUUACACCACCUCCUCGCGGCCAGGUCUGGCCACGGUGAUUUCAAGGACUACCACGAGCGCUUCGAGCACGAGGACGCCCUGUUAACAUGCUAUUGUGGCAGCUGGAAGACCCCCUUCCACCCUUUCCACUGCAGGAAGGCAUAUGCGGUUUUCCUGGUCACAGGCGAAGCGGCUAUGCGGGAGAAUCUCUCCCUUACUAUUGGAAUUUACUGGCAGCGCUUCAUCGCUAGGAUCCAGGCCUCGCACUUCUUUUCAUGGACUUGCACGAGAAAGGCAUGGCGCCAGACACUCUGGCAACAGCACACUGACGGCGGUGGCGCCGCUGACAACCUUACAGGGUUUCUACGGGGUAGAGGGGUGGAGGUUGGCCAUGGCCACGACAUUGAGAGGGUUACGGUGGACUUGGACAGGCUAGUUCACCGUGCAAGGAGACGGGAGGAGGCCUUGCGGGAGGAGGAGAGCGAGAGCGAGAGUGAGAGCGAGAGCGGAGAGGACUGA